UCCAUCAUGGCGGCCUCCUCCUCCGCUUCACGUGAGUUGUUUACGGCUGGAGUACGGGCUGUUUUACACAACUGGCCCGUGCUACAGAUCGCAGUAGAUAAUGGCUUCGGGGGAGUGUACGGGCAGCAGAAAGCGGACUGGAUGGUGGAUGUGCUGCAGCAGUAUUUUCAUGACAAUGCUGACCUGCAGCAGUAUGAGGUGGAAGACUACAUCUCCACUCUAAUGGAUCAGGAAUUUGACACAGUGGUGGAUGACGGGAGCUUACCCCAGGUAUCCAAGGACCUGCUGCAGAUGUUUGAUCACUGGAAGCAGGGGGCGCUACAACAGCUACAGAUUUCCAUAAACAAACACAGUCAGAACAAACAAAGGGCAAAGGUCACUGCAGCCGCUCCAGAGUCCGACUCAGGCCAAGAGAGUGACGUUGACGAUGAGUCUAUGGAGUGUGAUGCGGCUGCUCCAGUUGUUAAUGGGACACAUUCUAUGACAAACUUUGUGCCUUCAUCUUCAUCAGCGGAGAAUGAGGAAGAGGAUGACGGCUGGACAGUUGUACGGAGGAAAAAGUAGCAUCUCAAACAAACUGAUAAUCUUAACCCAGAGGAGCUGAGAGGUAGAUGGACUACUUUUACCAAUAAACUACAAGAAAUGAUGCUUCAAUCCGAACGUCUGGUUUUACACCUUGGGACUUGUUAAACAUAACCAAAUGCAGGACAAAUUUAUCUCUCACCUUUGAAUAAUACAUAAUAAAAAUACAAACUUUAUUUUAAAGAAGUGGUCAAAUUGAGAUGGUAUAUAUGCAUUUGAAAAAAAUAGCUAAACAUCUUUGUGUGUUUUUAAAUAAAGUUGAUGUCACAGCUGUAUUCAUCAGUCUCUUUGUACAGUGGGACAAAGGAAUUAGGUAAUAAUUGAAUUGUUUUUUUAAACAUACACUUGAAAGGAGGGGACAUUUUCUCACUUUCAUUCCAGCACUAAUGAUGACCUCCCCAUGACA